CCCUAAUGUCAUUUACAACCACGGAAGUGACGCAUAUUUUUAUGUGAACAUCGGCCGGUGGGGACAUUUUGAAAUAAGUAGCUAGCUGGUAUUCGUAUGUGUGAAUGGACUAAGGUUGACGUUGCAAGUGUAUUAUUUGUAUAAGUCAUACAUAAAUACAUAUGCAUAUAUAAAAAUAAGAUGUCACAGAAGUCGGACACUGAAGAAACAAGCGUGUAACACCCGGUCCAAGGUGAGUUCCUGUCCAGACUCUUCUAAGACAGUCAGACCACGGGGCCCUACUCUCAACUAGCCUUAAGAUGGCAGACACAGAGGAGUUUGUGGAUGGCAAGAACCUCCCAGAGUGUCCUGCACAGGUGGGGUCAGCAGCUGCUUUUAGGGGGGAGCAGGGGGAGCCCUUUAAAACAGAGAGCACCACCAGCUUUCCACCAGGAGAAGAGUGGGACAGUCCCUUGCAUAUGGAGGGUGAGCCCAGCCUGCUCUCCAUGCCCUGCCUCAUGAAGGAGCUAAGGAGAGACUCUCCAGAGUCCCAGCACGCCUCCACCAGCAGUGACAAGCCCGCCUCAGGCCACGUCUACGAGAGCGACUCCUCCAACCCCUGUAUGCUCUCGCCCUCCUCCAGUGGCCACCAGGCCGACUCAGACACACUCUCCUCUGGUGAGGAGGGAGCCGCCUCGCGGGCGUCAGGGGAUGAGGGCACCACGGUUGCUGACACCGGGCUGGCAGCAGGGUGCCAAACGUCAUCGUCAAGCAGGCAAAAGUCCCGGCGUUCACGUUCUGAAAGUGAGAUGUCCACCAACACAAUGGCAGCCAAGAAGAACCGCUGCCAGCCGGCUGUGGCAGGAGGAGCAGGCGGCGAGAAGCAGACCAACGGCCGGCUGGCUAAAGUCAAAGGUCACCGGAGCCAGAAGCACAAGGAGCGAAUACGGCUGCUGAGGCAGAAGCGUGAGGCAGCGGCGAGGAAGAAGUACAACCUGUUGCAGGACAGCAGUACAAGUGACAGCGACCUCACCUGUGACUCUAGCACCAGCUCCUCUGAAGAUGAGACAUCAGGCGGCAAGACAAUCACCACAGAUAUCCCAGGUGAGUUCCUGUCCAGACUCUUCUAAGACAGUCAGACCACGGGGCCCUACUCUCAACUAGCCUUAAGAUGGCAGACACAGAGGAGUUUGUGGAUGGCAAGAACCUCCCAG